UUUUCUAAGGAGACCUCGCUUUCUUCUUCUUCUCCAUCUCGUCUAGGUUUUCGAUUUGCUUUCUCUCAGGUUCGUGCUCAUCUACGUCGUGGUUUUGGAUCGAGCCUUUCUUCCUGUUCUUGCAAUUCUUGGCCGGCAAUCCCGCCAAAUCUAGUCGCCUGGAGUCGUUCCGUCUUGCCCCUGGAACCAAACCUCUUUUUAUUGUCGAGUCCGAGCAGCGGACCGCACAGUCAUGGACGGCUUCAAACUCGAUGCUCCGCGGCAAUACUUUGCCACAAGCAGCCUUGUCGUUGGCUAUGCCCUCUGUUCCAGCUUGCUCUCUGUUAUCAACAAGUUUGCUAUCACAAUGUUCGAUUACCCUGGCCUCUUGACGGCAUUGCAGUACCUGACCUCCGCGGUUGGCGUUUGGGUUCUUGGGAAGCUGGGCUUUCUCUAUCAUGACCCUUUCGUCUUUGAGACGGCCAAGAAGUUUCUGCCCGCAGCUACCGUCUUUUACCUGGCCAUUUUCACAAACACCAAUCUCCUACGCCACGCUAACGUUGAUACGUUCAUAGUGUUUCGCUCCCUGACGCCUCUUCUGGUUGCCAUCGCGGAUACCAUCUUCAGAAAGCAGCCAUGCCCUUCAAGGCUCACGUUCUUUUCGCUUGUGGUUAUUCUCGGGGGCGCAGUUUGCUACGUGCUGACCGACUCAGCGUUCAAUCUCACUGCAUACUCAUGGGCGAUUGCUUAUUUGGUGACUAUUACUACCGAGAUGGUUUACAUAAAGCACAUGGUGACAAACCUAGGACUGAACACAUGGGGUUUUGUGUUCUACAAUAAUCUUCUGUCCUUAAUGAUGGCACCGGUGUUCUGGUUUGUCACUGGGGAGUAUGCAGAUGUCUUCACAGCUUAUGGAUCAAGUUCUGGGAUUUGGUUCGAUAUCAUGGCUUUUGUUGCAGUAGCUUUGUCUUGUGUUUUCGGAUUUCUCAUCAGUUUCUUUGGAUUUGCGGCAAGGAAAACAAUCUCUGCUACUGCAUUUACGGUAACAGGGGUUGCCAACAAGUUUCUCACGGUGGCGAUCAAUGUAUUGAUCUGGGAUAAGCAUGCAAGCAAAAUUGGUUUGAUUUGCUUGCUUUUAACACUUGUGGGGGGAGUUCUUUAUCAGCAGUCAGUCACUAGCAAUGGGAACCUCUCACAACAGCAUGACUCUGCAAUUUCUAAGAAGGCAAAUGGUGUGGUACGUAAUGUUGAUUCUGAAGAUGAAAGACAUGACAAGCUCCUAUCUGGGAGGGAUUCAACUGUAUGAUAUCAGUGUAAGAGAAUAUUCUUCUCAUUAUAGAGGCAAAUUUGUGCUACAGAAAGCUUGGUUAUCCUAAUAUAUGUAUGUACAUGUAAACCUUUUGCUAGGAUGUUAUAUUGAAUAGUUAUGCUAAUCUUAGCUUUCAUGGGAUAAA